UGUAGUUUUUAACCGUAUAUGUAGUAUAUAACCGUAUAUAUAUAUAUGCAUCAGAAUUUAUGUACAGUUCUACUUUAAACGCAAAUAAAGACAUAUCUUUUAUCAUAUAUAUAAAAAGUAUAUAGUUAUAACAAUUGUGUAAUAGAUAUUAUAAUAUCACAGUUAUAAAUUUAGUUGAUGACAAGAAAGAAAAUAAACCUUUAUUCAAUCACAUGGAUACCAAUCAAGAUAGCAACACUUUUGAUCCUAAAGAUCAUCAACAUAUACGUUAUAAUCCUUUAAAAGGAGAAUGGGUAUUAGUAUCUCCACAUCGUAUGAAACGACCUUGGGGAGGUCAAGUAGAACCAAACGUAGACGAAGAACUUCCAGAUUAUGAUCCUAAUAAUCCACUUUGUCCAGGAAAUGUUAGAGCUAAUGGAGAGGUAACUCCUGUUUAUCAAAAAACAUUUACAUUUGCUAAUGAUUUUCCUGCGUUACUUGAAACAGUACCUUCGCCAUCAAAAUCAAACGAUGAAUUGUUUCAAAUUGAAGCUGCUCGAGGAACGUGUAAGGUGAUGUGUUUUCAUCCGAAGUCAAAUGUUACCAUAGCACUUAUGAAAGUUGAUGAGGUUAAAGAUGUAAUUAUAAGAUGGAUAUUUGAAAUCCUUGACUUAAGUAAACAAUGGACUUGGGUUCAAAUAUUCGAAAAUCGUGGAGCCUUGAUGGGAUGUAGCAAUGCACAUCCUCAUUGCCAAAUUUGGGCUAGUUCUUUUUUACCAAAUGAAGCUAGAAUAAAAGAUAAAUAUUUAGCUGAAUAUUAUGAUCGUAAUAAGAAACCUCUUCUUAUUGAUUAUAUGGAGAAAGAAAUCUUGAAAAAAGAUCGCAUUGUAUUAGAAAAUCGCAAUUGGAUAGUAGUUGUACCAUUCUGGGCAGUAUGGCCUUAUGAGACAAUGGUACUUCCAAAACAACAAGUAACAAGAAUGCAAGAUUUAUCAAAAAGUCAACAAGAAUCAUUAGCAGUUAUCAUGAAACAAUUAUGCACAAGAUACGAUAACCUAUUUCAGUGUUCCUUUCCAUAUUCUAUGGGAUGGCAUGGUGCACCAACUGGUGAAUAUCUAAAACAAGAUUAUCCAUAUUGGACGUUUCAUGGAAUUUAUCUACCUCCGUUAUUACGUUCAGCUACGAUAAAAAAACACAUGGUUGGAUAUGAAUUACUUGCACAAGUACAAAGAGAUUUAACUCCGGAACAAGCAGCAGACAAAUUAAGAAGUUUAAGUGAUAUCCAUUAUAGACAUCCGGAAAGAAGUUUAUCAGCAGAAGAAUUAGCGAAAUACAAUUGAAUUUCUCUUUCAUAACUUUUUUGUAGCAUAUCUCUAUUUUAGAAAAAAUAAUACUUGUAUAAAUUAUAUACAAACAUAUGUAACAUAUAUAUAUAUAUAUAUAGAUUUAUAUAUAUAAUCGCAGAUGUAUACACAUUUGUAUCAUAAUGAAAUAUUGAAUAUUUCAUUAGGCCGAAUAAUCAAUAAAUAGGAAAUGUUGAA